UUGGCAUGCAAGAUACCAGCGAAGUGGUGCUUGAGGAUAUGUUGCUGCACUGUCGAAGUGUCGCGCGAGCAGCCCAGACUGCGUUCACGGUUGCGGAUCUGCCUAUGGGUUCGUAUGAAAUAUCUCCAGAGCAAGCACUUCAAUCGGCCAUUCGGAUCAUCAAAGAGGGCCGUGUACAGGGCAUCAAGCUCGAAGGUGGAGAGGAGAUGGCUCCAACAAUCAAGCGUAUCACAUCUGCCGGAAUCCCCGUCGUUGGACAUAUCGGUCUCACACCCCAACGCCAAAAUGCGCUUGGAGGCUUCCGCGUUCAAGGAAAGUCCACAGCAAGUGCUCUGAAGCUGCUACAGGAUGCGCGCGCCGUGCAAGAAGCCGGUGCAUUCAUGAUGGUAGUGGAGGCAGUGCCACCAGAGAUUGCAAGCAUCGUUACACAGAAGCUCAGCGUCCCCACUAUUGGCAUUGGCGCAGGUAACGGUUGUUCCGGUCAAGUCCUCGUCCAGAUUGACAUGACUGGAAACUUCCCACCUGGUCGUUUCUUACCUAAGUUUGUCAAGCAGUAUGCCAAUGUCUGGAAUGAGGCGCUCAAAGGCAUUGAGCAAUACCGUGAUGAAGUGAAGAGCCGAGCAUACCCCGCAGAACAGCACACCUAUCCCAUUCCGAAGGAGGAACUAGCGGAGUUCGAGAAGGCCGUUGAUGAGAUACCCGAAAAGAAAUGAUUUAGAAUGUUGCUCAUACUUGUUUCUGGCACCCCGGCGUUCUACGUGGCAUCCUGAGUUUUGAUGCAUCUGUGUUCUGAGUACUUGGCAUGAUAUAUGUUGGAGGUCUUGUAACAAUAAACCUGGCAAACUUUCAUCAGUCUUUGUGAAUACGAAUAUGAUUUAUGACGAAGCCCGUGUGUAUGGAGUGUUUGGUCUCCCUCAUAGUUCUGGUGCCGAAUGAUGGCGCUGAAACGAGUUGAUCUGCGUCAGUGUAGCAGAUAAUCAGUGUAUAUAAAUGGAAUAUAAUAGAUAAAG